GGGCAGAGUGGCAAUAACAAUAGGAAAGCUAAACUCGCUCAAUCUUGUCUCCUCCACGUUUACAAUGUCAUGCAUCUCUCAGACUCAGACUCAGACUCAACAGUUUCUCAAGCUCAACCUGCUUCUCUCUUCUUCCAUCCCUUCUGCUCUCUCUUCUCAAUUCUCUAAUUUCCAUUUCCAGUUUCCCGAAUAGAUUGAAAAUAAUAAUUAUAAUCGUGAAAUUGUUGUCUUUCACCUACCUUUUGAAUUCGAUUCCCAACACCAAAAUUCUUUCAGAUCCGAAUAUUGGAGCCCCCACCCACCCCCCCAUGGAAAUGGCUUCCAAUCCUCGAACGGUGGAGGAGAUCUUCAAAGAUUACAGUGCUCGAAGAGCUGGUGUCGUUCGGGCUUUGACUUAUGAUGUCGAUGAAUUUUAUGGACUCUGUGAUCCAGAAAAGGAUAAUUUGUGUCUAUAUGGACAUCCAAAUGAAAGUUGGGAGGUCACUCUACCAGCAGAAGAAGUUCCACCAGAGCUUCCUGAGCCAGCACUUGGUAUUAAUUUUGCUAGAGAUGGCAUGAAUAGAAAGGACUGGCUUUCACUUGUAGCUGUUCACAGUGACUCUUGGCUGCUUUCUGUGGCUUUCUAUUUUGGAGCACGACUUAACCGCAAUGAGAGGAAGCGUUUAUUUAGCUUGAUCAAUGAUCUGCCUACUGUCUUUGAAGUUGUGACAGAAAGGAAGCCUGUGAAAGACAGGCCCAGUGUUGAUAGUGGUAGCAAAUCACGAGGCAGCACAAAGAGAUCCAGUGAUGGACAAGUGAAAAGCAACCCUAAGCUUGCAGAUGAGAGUUACGAGGAUGAAGAAGAUGAGCAUAGUGAAACCCUCUGCGGGAGCUGUGGUGGAAAUUACAACGCGGAUGAAUUUUGGAUCGGCUGCGACAUAUGUGAGAGGUGGUUCCAUGGAAAAUGUGUGAAGAUAACACCUGCUAAGGCUGAGAAUAUCAAGCAAUACAAAUGCCCAUCUUGCAGCAUGAAAAGAGGCAGACAGUAGUCACUAAAAUCAAGGAAAGAAGACAAACGUUGUUCAAGUAAACUGACAAAGGUAGAUAGCUAUCACUAUUUGAAGUAAUUUAAUGUUGGUGUUGUUGUUGUUGUGAAGUUUGUUUAUACUAGAUGAUGCUCUCCUAGAGGGUUAUUUGCGGGCCUUAUUCCCUGGUAAAAAUCUUUUGUUUCAAUGUUAUAGUAUUUCUAAUGUUUCUUGAUUAAUAUGAAAAGUGUAUGAAUUAUAUAUAUGCUUUUAAGAAUUAUUGUUGUUAGAAAUACAAACUUACAAAAAGGUGGAGCUAAUGUUUUCCCUUCA